CCGCGGGAGGAGGAGAGACGAUGCUGCGCUCGCUGGUCCGGCGCUGGAGCGUGGCGGUGUUCCUGCUCAGCUACUACUCCGUGCCCUGCUGCGGGCGCGCGGUGGACGGGCUCGGCCGCCGGCUCAAGCGGGCCGUGUCAGAGCACCAGCUUCUCCAUGACAAGGGCAAGUCCAUUCAGGACCUGAGACGCCGCUACUUCCUCCACCAUCUCAUCGCCGAGAUCCACACGGCCGAGAUCAGAGCCACUUCAGAGGUGUCCCCCAACUCUAAGCCUCCCCCAAACACCAAGAACCAUCCAGUCCAACUUGGAGCCAGCGACGAGGGCAGAUACCUAACUCAGGAAACCAACAAGGUGGAGCCUUACAAGGAGCAGCCCCUCAAAACCCCUGGGAAGAAGAAGAAAGCCAAGCCUGGCAAGCGCAAAGAGCAGGAGAAGAAGAAAAGAAGAACUCGAUCUGCCCUGAGGGACCAAGGAGCCACCAGCAUGGAGUCCGAAGGGGCCCACCACACUGACCCCUCAGCCACAUGGCUGCAGCUCCGUUCAAGGACAUACUGAAAUUUUCAGCCGAAAACUUCCAAGGACGAAUUACAGAAUUUUGUAAUAGUAAACAUAUGGAAAGUAUUAGAAAUAUUUAUUAUCUGUAAAUACUGUAAAUGCAUUAGAAUAAAGCUGUCAUCUCCAUUACUGCUCCAUGAAACUGCACAUCGGCCAUUGUGAAUAUUUUAUUUUUGCCAGGGCUAAUCCGAUUAUUAAUAUCACAUUUACCAUAAUUUAUUUUGUCAACUGAUGUAUUUAUUUUGUAAAGGUAUCUUGGUGCUGCUGAUUUUCUAUAUUUUUUGUAACAUAAUGCACUUUAGAUAUACAUAUCAAGUAUUGAUAAAUGACACAAUGAAGUGUCUCUAUUUUGUGGUUGAUUUUAAUGAAUGCCUAAAGAUAAUUAUUCAAGCUGAUUUUCCCCUGUGCAUGUAAAAAUAGCAGUAUUUUAAAUUUGUAAAGAAU